GUGGCGGUGGAGCUGCGCGUUUAAACGGUGGCGGCUGCAGACAGAGAGCACAGCAAUGCAGAGAUCAGUACUGAGCAGCAGAUCUGAGAGAUUUACUGCGGAAACACAUAUAAAACAAUUUAAACACGGACUAGAGAGUGAGAUGGCAGUGGAUAGGCCGCUUCAAGAGCUUCCAUGUCUGAAUGAGAAUUUGGAGGGAUCCCUGCUGUGCAUGUCUCAGACGAAAAAGAAGCAAAGGCUGCGCUACGGUGAAGAAAACACCCCGCAUGAAUUCAUCCAGCACCUUUCACCCCCUCGCAAACAGCCUCGGCUCUGCGGCAAGGGCAAGGAGAACGCUUUUGUGUUGGCCAGACGUCCUCGAAAGAGCAGGGAAUCAACAGCCGGUCUAUCCUGGGACAGUCUCCCAGAUGAGCUCCUGCUGGGGAUCCUUUCACGCCUCUCGCUGCAGGACCUUCUCCGGACCUCCCGUGUGUGUAAACGCUGGCAUAGAGUGGCAUUUGAUGAGUUCUUGUGGCGCAGUGUGGAUUUGGUGGGGAAAGCUCAGCUGGAUGCAGAGCUUGGCCAGGUGUUGAGUGCUGGAGUCCUGAGGCUGCGCUGUCCACAUGUGUGCAUUGGUCAACCCAGUUUUAAAAAUACAGAACCUCUCCGUGUAAAUCAUAUGGACUUGUCCGGCUGCACCGUACAGACGUCUGUCCUGGAGGACAUUUUGUCCCGCUGCAGACGGCUACAGAAUCUCAGUCUUGAGGGCCUUGAACUUUCAGACAAAAUCCUCCAGUAUUUGGCUCAGAAUACAGAGCUGAUUCGGCUGAACUUGUGUGGCAGUGCUGGUUUUUCUCCUGACUCUCUGGCAGAGAUGCUUCAGUCCUGCACUCAGCUUCAGGAGCUGAAUGUGUCGUGGUGUGACUUCAGUAGUGAGCAUGUUCAGGCUAUUUCUAACAACAUUUCACCAAACGUCACUCAACUCAACAUCAGCGGCUACAGGCAAAAGAUGACCAUGGACGAUGCAAAGAACCUUGUGGAAAGAUGUCCAAAUCUCUCAGUUUUGGAUUUAAGUGACAGUGUUCUAGUGACCACGGACAGUUUUGUCUUCCUGCAGCAGAUGUCUUCACUUAGGCACCUGGCGCUGAGCCGCUGCUACCAGAUUCACCCUGCCGCCCUCAUAGACUUUGAGAAGUUUACACAGCUGAAGACCUUGGAAGUGUUUGGUCUGAUACAGGACAGCUAUUUACCCAUCCUCAGUAAAAAGCUGCCACAUAUACAGAUCAACACUCAGCCGUUCUCCAGCGUGGCUCGUCCCACUUCGGCUGGGAGGAAAGAUCGUACUCUAUGGGGAAUGCACUGUCGACUAGCGUACAAACCUAACCCACACUCUCACGACAGCUGAGAACAACUCAGUGAAGUGUGAAUUUUAGAAUGUACUGAAUGACCAGAUUAGAUUUAAGUAAUUUUAAAGGGAGUCCACUGGAACGUUUAAUUUUCAAGUGGCAUUAAAAAAAAAAAGUUAUGUUUUAGAUGUUUUAGAAAAAGUGGAAAUCUUAAACAAGCCUACAGAAUGCUGUAGCCCAAAAAUAUUGAGCCAUGUCAAAGCUUCAGCUUUACUGAUCACUAGGCCUGCUGCGAUAAUUGUUUUUAGACUUAUCAUUCGAUAAACGAACAUGGAUUUUAUAGUUACACACAGUACAGUUUUACUGCUGCUGUAGUCUUUCACACUGUACACUGUUUAAUUAAGUGAUAGACAGACACCUGUAACUUCUCGUUUAACGCAAAUCACAAACUUCAGAGUUCAAAUAUGCGGUCAGUCAGACAGCUAUUUACUCUAUUUGAUUUAAACUCAGUGAGCGCUGCUGUUAAACAUGUGAAUGAGCCUCAUGAUGAAGCAGGGAAGACUCAUCCCCCAGUCAGUCCAUCACUCCAUCUAUAUAUGUAUAUACAUAUAUUAAACACUGUUUUGACACAACAGCUCAAUCACGUUAAUUGAAUCUCCAAUCAGAAUCUGCAACACCAGAUAUAUUUUAAAGCUGUAAAAAUUACGAUAUUGCAAUAAUUCUUGCGACAAUAUAUUGUCUAUUAAAAUAGUUAUCGUGACGGGCCUACUAAUUACUGAACAAUUAUCAUUGUUUAAAAAGUGCUUUGAUGAAAGUUGACUGAAAGUUACAGUUUAACAGUUCUAAUUUUAAAUAUGGUGCCCAGUGAUUUAAAUAUUCAGAGCCAUAAUAAACACUUAGGUCCCUUUUUUUAUAUUUUACCUUAAAAUGCUCCCUAAAUCAGUGAAAAUGAGUGUCUUUUUAUUGAACAUAAGCAUGCAUCUCGUUCAGAAAGGUUUGAAAGGGUUGUCCGACAAUCAGAAAUGUGGGCAUGUUCUCAUCAUUUAAACAUUAUGUUGUGGGCACAAGUUUUAAUGACCACUGUUAAGAUUUAUACACCUUAUUACUUUUGAACAGCCUGUGGAUCAAUGAGGGCAAAUUUAUCUCAGAGUUGGUAAAAGUUACACGAUGUAUUAAUGUUCAUGUUCAUGCAGACAUUUUAUUUUUAAUAGGAAACUGCUGCGUAUAGUUUUGAAUAGUAAGUUUACCAGUGUUACCAGUUCAUUAAGUAGAAUCAGGGCCCAAAUCUACACUUUUACAAAACCAUUUUUUUUUUUUUUAGUUUUUCUUUGUGACCAAAAUACCUGAAAUCUUGAACUUUGGUACUACUUUCUGAUCUGUUGCGAACUUAAAAAAAAAAAACUUGAAUGACUUGACUUCUCUAUUGAGAACAGUGAAAAAGAACAGUGUAUUUUUGUGGAUAUUUUCAUGUUCGUUAAUUUUUUUAAAUAAAUAAUGCUUUUUAUUUA